AUGAAUACCGCAUUUCGUUUAUUCUCUCUUCCAUUUCUUCCUCUUAAAAAAGUUCUAGAUAACUUUGGACCACAGGGAAUAAUAAUUUUAUCUUUGUGCUCUCAAAGAUCAAAAAGCAUUGCGGUUUCAUAUAGGGGACCUUCCAAAGAUGUCUUGCUGAAGCUGAUAUAUUCUCACAUGGGUGCUCUGAGUUUCGAAAUGACUCAUAUUUGGAAAACGGAAGAUAUUAAGAAGGUUGGAGAGGCUAGAUUGCCAACAUUAUCGAAUGGAAAGUUUCGAGGUGUUCAAUUUAAAAUGGAUGGGGACUGUCUAGUCACGUACUGGGAAGAUAAGCUAACUGGAUUGAUUGAAAUUGGAAACUACGCUCGAGAAAUAUUCAAUCAAGAUAUCUCUCAAGUCUUCAUUGGUGGUAAAUACGCGGUUGAUUAUAGGCGGUUGAUUGACUGGACCAUGGAAACACAAAAAACAUUAGAGUUCUUCCAAUUCAUUGAACAUGAAAAAACACCCGAUGAAGAUCUCGACUAUAUUCUGGAAAAUGUUAAAUGCACUGGAUAUCUUUCCCUUCAUGCAACACCAUCUGAAAAUUUUCGUCCUGCUAAACAUCCUGUCUUCAACCUUCAUGAAAUAUUCAUUCAUUAUAGUUUCUGGAUUAAGCAAGAAGAUUUGUUGGCAAUGAACUGCAAGACAGUUAUAAUGAGAGGAUCGAAAUUGACAAGCCGAGACUUGAAUGUGUUCUUGAAGCAUUGGCUGGAUGGAGCAUGUUCUCAAUUGAAAGAAUUAUAUGUUGAUGUCGAGGAACCAAUUAAUUAUGAAGUUCUGUUGGAUGGUGUAGAGUUCACCGAAAGAGGAGAUGAUGUGGAAAGGGUUUAUCAUAUCGAUGAAGAAAAUACUAAAAAAACAAUUCGUGGUGGUUACGAUAUCAAACGACCAAAUGAUAAUAUCAUUGCUACUAUCAGGAACGGUGCUGAAGAUCGAAAACGUUUUUAUAUGUUUGUUUGGCCGGAUUAUGCUGGUAACACAUGCAAAUAA